GAUAAAGGAGGGAUCCGCCAUUUCAGUAGCUACGAUGAGACCCACUUCUAGUAAACAUUGAAGGGGAGGGGGGGCAUCAUUUUAACACAUUUUUUUCCUAAAUAAGUAUUUAGUUAGCUAUCGGGUCAACCGUGAACAAAGGUAAAAACGAGUCCUCUAAAGGUUAGCGGAAAGCAGGGAAAGGGGCGGAAGAUGGCGGUCGACAAACGAGAUGAGAAAGACGGAGAGCUCAACGUGCUGGAUGACAUCCUCACCGAGGCCCCUGACCAGGAUGACGAGCUCUAUAACCCGGAGAGUGAACAGCACGUCAACCAGAAAAAAGGGUCUAAGAGGAAGAACGGCCGAGGGGAUAACAACGUGCUGAAGCGUCUACGACCCACGGCUCACACCACCGCCAGACAGGCUACUAAGAGACCAGCCCCCUCGGCUGGGGCCAGCGGGAAAAAGACAGUCAACUCCAGGAGGGGACGGCACCCCUCCGAGUACGCUACUGAUAGUUACUAUGAGGACAGGAAGACCCAUCCUAUAAGAGAUGGUGGGGUGCAGAGAGGGGAGCCUCCCAAAGCAGCCCACCCUGACAAGCCCCUUGGCCGCAGGAAGACCCAUCCUAUGAGAGAUGGUGGGGCGCUGAGAGGGGAGCCUCCCAAAGCAGCCCACCCUGACAAGCCCCUGGGCCGCAGGAGAGAGCCAGACAGACACAGGAUCAUGCCUGAGCUUACCACCGAGAAGCCGAGUCCUCCCAGCGAGGAGGGCAGGGUCAGCCCCUCUAAGGAAGCAGCAGAAGAAGAGGGUGCAUCAGACCAGGAGACGGGCAGCACGGCCGAGUCCUCCGAGGGACACCGAUCCAACAUGGAGGAGGGAGAUGAAGAGGAGGGCGAGGAGGAAGAGUAUGAGGCGCAGGAAGUGGCUCAGAGAGCCAAGAAUGCUCCAAAUGAUUACGACAUUCGCAGUGAAGUCAGCGACUCCCAGUCUGAGUCUGUGUCCUUCUCUGAGGGGGAGUCUGUUCUCUCCGGCUCUGCCUCUGAGGCUUCAGGUUCUGAGAAAACGCAUGAGAAACUGUCAUCGUCUGUCCGCGCAGUCCGCAAGAACCAGAACAGCAAGCUGAAGUACGUCAUACGAGGCGCCCGUUUCUUCCUGAUCAAGAGCAACAACCACGAGAACGUGUCCCUGGCCAAGGCGAAGGGUGUGUGGUCCACUUUGCCUGUUAAUGAGAAGAAGCUGAAUGCUGCCUUCCGUUCCGAUCGCAGUGUCAUCCUGGUCUUCUCAGUCAAGGAGAGUGGCAAGUUCCAAGGUUUUGCCAGGCUGUCCUCGGAGUCCCAUCAUGGAGGGUCUCCCAUCCACUGGGUCCUGCCUGCUGGGAUGAACGCCAAGAUGCUGGGUGGGGUGUUCAAGAUCGACUGGAUCUGCAGGCGGGAGUUGCCCUUCACUAAAACGGCUCACCUCUCCAACUCGUGGAACGAACACAAGCCUGUAAAGAUCGGCCGAGACGGACAGGAAAUGGAGCCAGGGUGUGGGAUGCAGCUGUGUGUGACGUUCCCCCAAGACGAGAGCAUUAACUUGUUUCAAGUUAUUCAUAAAAUGCGACACAAGAGGAAGAUGCCUUCGGAGCCCCGCUCUCGAGGACGCCCGCCGUGCAGAGAGCCCACCCGAGGCGACCUGGGAAGGGGUCGGCCAGAGGAAAAUGCCAUUCACAACAGGAAACGGCCGAGGAUUGAUUAUCCAGCAGAGUUCCCACAGAGACCAGGCUUUACACUGGACCCUCACAACCCGCCAGUUGACCGGCGGUUCCCCACUGGAGCGAGGAGAGAUGUUUUUCUCAAUGGGUCCUACAACGAUUACAUGAGAGAGUUCCACCACACCAUUGGGCAGCCUACUCCUUGGCAAGGAAUGGCACAGUACCCUGGGAUGGAGCAGCCACCUCACCACCCGUUCUACCAGCACCAUCCUCCACCUCCCCAGGCACACCCACCCUAUGCUGGGCAACACCCUGUACCACACGACGCCCGCUUCAGAGAACCUGUACCACACGACGCCCGCUUCAGAGAACCUGUACCACACGACGCCCGCUUCAGAGAGAAGAGACUUGUCCGCUCAUAUAGCUCCAGCGUGCAUGACUAUGACAUGCGAGUGGAUGACUUCCUGAGACGGACCCAGGCCGUGGUGACCAGUCGCCGCAGCCGUCCACGGGAACGAGACAGGCAGAGGGAGCGAGAACGGCCCAGAGAUACACGCCGGGACCGAGAUCGUGGACGCCACCGGGAGAGAGACAGGAUCAGGGACAGGGAGAAGGAGAGGGGGCACUACAGGAGAUAAUCAAGGACUAAAAUCAAACAGCAAGUCCUGCAGUAGUUUAUUUUACCGCGUUUCCUCUUUAUAAAUAAGCUGUGUCUUUUUAAGUGAUUGUGUACUUUUUUUUUUUUUUU